AUGUAUCCAGGUAGUGGACGUUACACCUAUAACAACGCUGGUGCCAAUAAUGGCUACCAACGGCCCAUGGCUCCUCCUCCUAACCAACAAUAUGGGCAGCAAUAUGGACAGCAAUAUGGGCAACAAUAUGGGCAACAAAAUGAUCAGCAAUUCAGCCAGCAAUAUGCCCCACCACCAGGUCCUCCCCCUAGGGACUAUAACAGGCCUGUGUAUCCCCCUCCCCAAUUCCAGCAGGAACAGGCAACGGCCCAAUUAAGCAACGGCUACAACAAUCCUAAUGUAAACGCGUCUAAUAUGUGCGGUCCACCCCAGAAUAUGUCGUUGCCUCCACCUCAAACACAAACUAUUCAGGGUACAGACCAGCCAUAUCAGUAUUCUCAAUGUACUGGGCGUAGAAAGGCUUUGAUUAUCGGUAUCAACUACAUAGGUUCAAAAAAUCAGCUGCGUGGUUGUAUUAAUGAUGCUCAUAACAUUUUCAACUUUUUGACUAAUGGGUACGGUUAUAGUUCAGAUGACAUUGUCAUAUUAACGGAUGAUCAAAACGAUUUGGUCAGGGUUCCCACUAGGGCUAAUAUGAUCAGAGCCAUGCAGUGGUUGGUCAAAGACGCGCAGCCUAAUGAUUCUUUGUUCCUUCAUUAUUCUGGACAUGGUGGGCAAACUGAAGAUUUGGAUGGAGACGAAGAAGAUGGCAUGGACGAUGUUAUAUAUCCGGUAGAUUUCGAAACUCAAGGACCAAUUAUUGAUGAUGAAAUGCACGAUAUAAUGGUGAAGCCCUUACAGCAAGGUGUUAGACUAACAGCCUUGUUUGAUUCUUGUCAUUCGGGUACAGUUUUGGAUCUUCCAUAUACAUAUUCCACUAAGGGGGUCAUCAAAGAACCCAAUAUUUGGAAAGAUGUUGGCCAAGAUGGGUUGCAAGCUGCCAUUUCAUAUGCUACUGGAAACAGGACUGCUUUAAUUGGUUCCUUAGGUUCUAUAUUCAAGACUGUUAAGGGAGGUAUGGGCAAUAAUGUAGAUAGAGAACGUGUUAGACAGAUUAAAUUCUCUCCUGCAGAUGUUGUUAUGUUAUCAGGUUCGAAGGAUAAUCAAACUUCUGCAGAUGCUGUCGAAGAUGGUCAAAACACAGGUGCAAUGUCUCAUGCCUUCAUCAAGGUGAUGACUUUACAACCACAGCAAUCCUAUUUAUCUCUUUUACAAAACAUGAGGAAAGAAUUAGCUGGUAAGUAUUCUCAAAAACCCCAAUUAUCAUCGUCCCAUCCUAUUGAUGUAAAUUUGCAAUUUAUUAUGUAG